UUGUCAAAUCGUGAUUUCCACAGCGUUAUGGCGACGUGAAUCUGGAUUUGUCAGACAUGUAUCACGGAGGCUGCAUUUUUUUUUAUUGUGGACUAUAAUAAGAUGUCGCUGAAAAAACAAAGACUGCAUAUGAACAGUUCGGGGUAAAUACCUUUUUCUUUUUGACUGAAAGAUGGGAAAUAGAGACGUUUGGAGGCUGUUUUCUGUGUGGACUAAUUGCACCACCAGCCAAUAUACAUGCCAAGACCAUUCAUUUAUGGGAUGCGCGAUAUUUUCUUCCUCCUCUCCAACGUUUGUGGGUGGGUUAUUAUAAGCAUUGAAAAUCUGACAUCAUUUGGAUAUAUGUGAACACAACAAGGUAUGUUGUUUUUUCUAAAUCGCGUCAGUUUCUAAGCCUUCUGGAAAUCCACCUUCGACGUGAUGCAACAUAGAAAGCUGUUUUCUCGGAUGAUAUUCAGACACAAAUGAACACAUCCCUGUGACUGAGAAAGGGUGGCGGUGCUGGAUGUUUUUCUGUGGCACAGUCCUCACCCCGGAUUGUCUGAUCAGCUGUUGAUUUUAUUUUAGUAUUAUCUUUAUUAUAAGAUUAUGUUGCUCGAUUCGCGAUGGAUUUAUGCAUAACAGGUGUUGUUUGAGAGCACAGCAGGAGCAUGAGGCUUUAUUAUGUGCUUUUCUCUCGAUUUAACAAGCAGUGAAACAAAGCGACUGGGAUCCUUUUUCAGUUUUUUUGCCUUGAGAGAAGAGCCGAUCCAAAAAAGAUGAGGGGAUGAAAGGUGGCGAGGUUGUGGACAAAGAGGAAAAAAGAUGAGUCUGUCAUGUAGAAAAGAUCCUCACGGCCUCUCCUUGUAGAGACGAGGGAGCCGUGUGGAGAGGGGGUUUGUAGCGUUUAUACAAAUACAAAAAAGGGCCCCCCGAACAAGGAAGGUGAAACAAUGGCUAACCAGAGCUUCGCCAUCGAUGGACCGGGAAGUUUGCUGGCGGUUCUGGCUUCUCAGAGCGGCAUGUCGAGGGGAGGAAGCAGCAGCAGUGGUGGAGGCAGCACUGGAGGAAUCUCUGCCACAGAUGUGUCCGCCUACUUUAAGCUGGUCUUCUUGGGUCUGAUCAUCUGUGUCAGCCUGGUGGGGAACCUCCUGGUCUCACUGCUCGUGCUGAGAGACCGGACCCUUCACAAGGCGCCCUACUUCUUCCUGCUGGACCUGUGCCUGGCCGACGCCAUCCGCUCGGCCGCCUGCUUCCCAUUCGUGCUCGUGUCCGUGCACAGCAGCUCGGCCUGGACCUACAGCGCCUUGAGUUGUAAGGUCGUGGCGUUCAUGGCGGUGCUGUUUUGUUUUCACGCUGCCUUCAUGCUGUUUUGUGUCGCCGUCACACGCUACCUUGCCAUCGCCCACCACCGAUUCUACGCCAAGCGAAUGACCAUCUGGACGUGCGCCGCCAUCAUCUGCAUGGUGUGGACUCUGGCCGUGGCCAUGGCGUUCCCGCCGGUGUUCGACGUGGGGACGUACAAGUUCAUCCGCGACGAGGACCAGUGCAUCUUCGAACACCGCUACCUGAAGACCAACGACACCCUGGGCUUCAUGCUCAUGCUGGCCGUCGUGGUGCUGGCGACCCACGGCUUCUACGCCAAGCUGCUGCUGUUUGAGUACCGGCACCGCAAGAUGAAACCGGUCCAACUGGUGCCAGCCAUCAGCCAGAACUGGACCUUCCACGGUCCCGGGGCAACAGGGCAAGCCGCGGCCAACUGGAUCGCAGGGUUCGGUCGCGGGCCCAUGCCUCCGACUCUGCUGGGCAUCCGUCAGAAUCUACACAAUCAGCACCGGCGGCUGCUGGGGAUGGAGGAGGUUCGGUCGGAGAGGAGACUGGGCAGGAUGUUCUACACCAUCACCCUGCUCUUCCUGGUCCUCUGGGCGCCCUACAUCGUGGCCUGCUUCUGGAGGGUGUUUGUGAAGUCCUGCACCAUCCCCCAGCGGUACCUCUCCAUCACGGUGUGGAUGAGCUUCGCCCAGGCCGGAGUCAACCCCAUCUUCUGCCUCCUGCUCAACGAGGACCUGAGGAAAGUGCUGAGGGCUCACCUGCCCACCUACUGGAGGACUAAACAACACCUGCCCCAGGACGAGGCCUACUGCAUCAUGUGAUCCGAUUCACACAAGAGAAUGUUUCAGGUUUUUCAAAAAAGCGAGGAUUUGAAGUGAUGUAACGCACCUUGGCUAAGUGUCUGUUUUGCACAACGAAACCCGAUUUUUGCCAACGAUUGCAGGCACGUUAUUAAGAAUGUUUGAAUAAAUGGUGCAGAGGUUUUACUUUAGGGGGGCGAUAAUGACAAAGCCCUUCUUCAGUUUCUGAUGAUUUACUGUUUGAUUAAUCAGUAGGAAAAGAUCACAACUAUCACCGCUCCAACUAAGUGUGACAGAUGCCAUUUUAAAAUAAUGUUGCCUUAUUUCAGUGGGACACGCCCCAGAGCUUUCAUGAGUUUGUGUCACACGAGGCUCAAAACAGACACACACAGGGAUGAAAAAUCCUUCAAUAAAAUGUGCUGCAGACUUUUGAAUAGAAAGUGUUGAUCAGAGCGUUACUAACUCUGAAACACAUCAAGGAACUCAAAGGGGUCUGAACGGAUGAAUAGACCACCCCGGACGCCUUUUCAUGUAAUUCAGAGGAGACUGCAGAAUAUCGAAUGGACCCAAUAACCUUGGAUACAUUUAAAUAGCUCUCGUGAACCCGAAGAGCCCCUAACAUGCUUGAUUUUUUUGGACUUGAUUUAGGGCGUGUCAGGUUUUCUUUGUAUCAUAAAAAAAAAAAUUGCCUGUUUUUCCUUUUAUUUGUAAACUAUACAUGUUAAGCAGAUGACACUAUUUUGAAAUAUGACUUGAUUUCAUAUUGUACAGACUGUACGGGAAUGUCUAUUCCUGCUUGUGUGUUUUUAUAUAGCAUUUGUGUGUAUG